UUAAUGAUGGAUGAUUUUAGAAAAUCUCAAACAGAAAAUAUUGAACAGUUGAAGAAAAAUCAACAGGAAUUCUUUAACUAUUAUUUUGACAAGGAAGAUGAAAUCAGUUCGCACUGUUCGUCUCAUUACGACGAGCAAGAUGAAAGCGACGAAGAAAAUGUAAAUAAUACUGAAGUAGUUGACGGCACAACGGCAUUGCAACAAUUACUUGUUUCUGGUAGUGGGAAGAAAGAGCCCCCCAGGUCACAUUCUGGUCAAAGCGAACAAGAAGUUUCAAAUCCCGUUUGUUUAACGAACUAUUUUUCUCAAUAUAAUAAUAUUGAUGAAGUAUGUGGGCCGAAUAUUGAAGCCAGUCUGGCAGAAGCGGUAAAUAACAUGAUCAAACAUGGGUUGUCCGAAGAAAAGACGAAUGAAUUACUCAACCGCUAUACACGCCCACAAAAUUGUCAAAAUUUGACUCAAACUAAAGUUAAUCCGCCAAUUUGGGAGUCGCUGAGCGGGGAAACACGCUCAACCGACAUUAAACUUCAAAAAAUUCAGAACAUCAUUAUGAAGGCGUUUAUCCCGCUUACAAAGUUGGCAGAGUUACUUAUGACGUCUACAGGGGGCGCUACGGCCAUUGACACUGUCAAUGUAAACAAACAUGGACACCAAUUCCUCACCGAUUCCAUGGCACUUUUGGCUGCAGUUAAUGCAGAAGUAAAUGGCAGACGCCGAGUUCUGAUGAAAACAGACGUUAACACUAAUUACCGUUCAUUAUGUACAAUUAAAGGACCGAACGGUGCCUUGCUGUUUGGUGCUGAUUUAACUGAUCGACUACGAGAGAUUUCUGAAACCAACAGGGUUGUACAGAAAGUGAAUCGAGAUCGUUCAAGUUACAGCAGGGAAUCCACAAGAUAUAGCCCCUACAAUAAAAUGGAAGCCAAGAAUAGAAGAUACGCUUAUAAAUCAAAUAGCAGAAACUAUGGAAGGCCAGGUGGAAAUCGUUUUUUAGACAAACGAAGUGUGCCGCCACCAAAACGAAGAAACCCAAAGUCUAAGUACCAGUGA